CCGCCUCCUGCAGGCGCAGUUUGCCCAGAAAACCGCCCCGAGUCUCGCUCCUGCGGUGUGCUGCGUUACCGUGCGCUUCCUUUGGCCGUGCCUACGCCUUUCAGCAUGCUCCCGAGGUGGAUCUGAAGCGGCUGCGCGAACAUUUGAAGCGGACAACGUGAAAUGCAUCCCCGGAGCGCUGAACCUGUUCCGUCCCGCACACAAAGCCUGUGAAGCAGGCCGUGUUCUUCCUCUGCCAGGCAGCGCGCGGAUGAUGCUCAAACAUGUCGGGGAAUCAUUACAAAGGCCACGAAGUCAGCUGCUGCAUCAAAUACUUCAUUUUUGGAUUCAACAUCCUGUUUUGGCUGCUGGGCAUGGCCUUAGUUGGAAUUGGACUGUGGGCAUGGAGUGAGAAGGGGGUUCUGUCCAACAUCUCGUCCAUCACAGACCUGGGGGGCCUGGACCCAGUCUGGCUCUUCGUGGUGGUCGGGGGGGUCAUGUUCAUUCUCGGUUUUGCAGGAUGCAUUGGAGCACUCCGGGAAAACACAUUUCUACUCAAGUUUUUCUCUGUGUUUUUGGGAAUCAUCUUUUUCUUGGAGUUGACGACGGGAGUCCUGGCGUUUGUCUUUAAGGACUGGAUUAAAGACCAGCUCAACCUGUUCAUCAACAAUAACAUCCGGGCAUACCGGGACGACAUCGAUCUACAGAACCUCAUCGAUUUCACUCAGGAAUAUUGGGAGUGCUGCGGAGCGUUUGGAGCAGACGAUUGGAACCUGAACAUCUACUUUAACUGUACUGAUGGGAAUCCCAGUCGGGAAAAGUGUGGAGUCCCCUUCUCCUGCUGCACCAAGGACCCAGCGGAGGAUGUGAUAAAUACUCAGUGUGGAUACGACAUUCGAGCUAAACCAGACUCGGAGCAGAAGGACUACAUCAACGUGAAAGGCUGCGUGCCGCAGUUUGAGAAGUGGCUGCAGGACAACCUCACCUUGGUGGCCGGGAUCUUUAUAGGAGUUGCACUACUGCAGAUUUUUGGGAUUUGUUUGGCCCAGAACUUAGUGAGUGACAUCGAAGCUGUGCAGGCGAGCUGGGUGCCCCCCCCUCUCUCCAUGCGUCGACUCCCACCACACUCCAGCAAGAAAGCAUCGGCUUACUACUCAUGAGACACACACACACAUGCUGUAUGUGUGUUUGUAGCCGUUUCUUUACCUAAUGUUGAAGCAGCAUUUCAAUUCUAACAGAUUUUGUCUCAUUUUGUUUCGUCAGCUCUGGGUCCUUGAACACAUCAUCAGGGAGCAUUCAGAGGACUUCCCCGAUCACCUGCACCAUUUUGUUCACUGAACCAGCACCUUUUUUCAAGGCACUAAUGUGUGAACUGCUCUGUAUAUAACACUGUGUGUGACUACUGUAAAAAGCUCAUUGUUGGAAAGGAUGGUUAAACAUGCACUACAUGCAGAUCGUCACAAUGCUCCAGUUUUGAUAGCUACGUGUAGAGAGUAGGAGUUUUGAUACAUCUUUUUGAUAUUAGAUCAGUAUUUUUCACCGUUGAAAGAACGCCCCAUUGCUACAACCAUCAUGUAGGACUGUGAAAUAGUUGCGUACAAGAAACUGAGGAUCUGUUUUAAAGUUCAGUGCUUGCUUUAUGUAUCUGUCCACCACUUGUCCAGGACCGAGGCUCUGGUGAGUCCCGAAGGUUACAAAGUUACUAAAGUUAGGAAAUGUGCACUAGCUUUGAACUGAAAGCAGGAUGUUUUUUCUCAAAAUAACACUUUUAGGAUUUUUAGUGUGUUAGAGCAGAUUCCAGGGCUUCUUCAGCUACAUAAAUCCCCAUGUAACCAAUAAGAAGAGUUAUUUCUGAAUAACCUGCUUUAUCUACAAACUUAAACAGAAUUCUUGCUGUUGCACUAACAAUGAAUUGUAAUUCAUGGACUGUCAAACAGAAGAGAUGAGCUAAAUAUUCUCCAGAUACUAACUCAUCCAGCAUUAAAGAGGAAAUUACUACAAAUGACUUCAACUGUUUAAUAACAGCAUAAUAAGUUGCCACUCAACUAAUGGACCAAGGGAUCACAGUUAAUUUGGUGAUGGAGGAUUCUGUUUCCCAUGCUGAUGGAGACUAAACUACCAUCACACUGAGAACCAUGGUUAGAGGUGCCAUGGCGUCAUAUUUAGGUCUGGGUAUCGAACCUUAAUACUUUUUUGGUAUUGACUGAAAUGGGUCUGUUGCACCGAGCGCCAUAAACUAUCAAGGACCAACACCCGGCACCGCAUGUGUGGCCAGAUACUUAAAUCAGAUGUUAACUGAUUUAAAUCCAUUUAUUGUUCAAUUUCUGACUAUUUUAUUUGGGUGAAGUUCUUGUCUAAACACAAGCGGCCAUACAACAUUUAAAAUGUGAACUCUUUCUUUUGUAAAUGGAUAGGUUCACAUUUUUUCAAGUCUAUUUCAAUACAAUCAAUAAUACAAUGCCAUCCGUCUGCCGAAACAGUUUUUGGUUUCUAAAAUCAUUCCUCCUCGCAGUACUGGCCACGAAACGAUCCCUUCGUAGCGCAACUACAUGAAAUCCGCGUAAAGAUACUUUCCAGAGUUCGAAGCUGAAGCUUUGUGAGGCUUCAGCAGUCGGAGUUAACCUAAUUAAGUGUCUCCGUCCUGGCAGCCGGGUGGAGGUUUACGGCUGGUGUUUUGUCCCGGUAACUAAAAAGAUCCCAACUCUGGAAGAUGCACAUGCAGUUUAGCUCACAGAACGCUAAAGCGUCAUGUUGGCUUCAGCUGUACUUUGAAAUGCAUUUUUGUACAGAACAAAGACAGCAGAUUUUGACCCGUUUCUUACAUUGGAGUCAAACUACAAAGUGAUUGGACAGAAAGAAUGAUUACAGUGACCCGUAACUUUAUUAACAUGACAUGUGAGUAUAAAGAUGAGCUGUAAAAAUCUGAACUGAUCCUUUCUAUUAAAAUUCUGGUGAUCCAUUUUCUAAGUCUGAUCUAAAUUGUUUGUUGGUGUUUAUGACUCAAGAACAGGUGAAAAAAAGGUUUUGCCAGGAUAAUUUCGUUCUUUCCUUUUUUUUUUCAUCUGUGAAACAGGUGGAGAAAAAAAGUUUUGCUAGGAUCUUUUUUUUUUUUUUCAUCUGUGAAAAAGAAGUUUUGGUAGGUGACAUUUUUUGUAUUUGUUGUUGUAGACAAGACAUGACAGUAAUGUUACAGAACUUGCUAACACAAUAUUUGUACCUUGUGUUUAGAGUGCAUGGAGAAAUUAAUUUCAUCCUUUUUUUCCCACCUGUUCUUAUGUCAUAAACGCAGGAGAGAAAACUAUUUAGAUCAGAAUUAGAAAAUAGAUCAUCAGAAUUUUUUUCCCCCCUCACUUGCCUUUCAGGGCUUCCGUAAAAACAUGUUUAUAUUUCUCAAAGUAAGGUUUUGGCAUCUGUACCGAAGUAUCGAAUCAGCACCAGCACAGGUAUUGGAAAAUUGAAAAGGAUACCCUGCCUUAUUACAAUAUAUCCGAUAAAAAGAGGUCAUUGUCAUUCGUAGACGGCUCUUAUGAAAAGUGAACCCCCUUAAUUCACACCUUUUUAAAAAACUUUAGACACUUGGAAAAGUCCGGAUAAGUAUGGAGGAAAAAAACAUGUUCAAGUCCUGAUGUGCAUGACGUGUGGCCAUGAAAUGUAUGUAGCUGUAACACCCGUCAUUUCUUUUCACAUUUUGGUUUCAACCGUCGCCAAGGAGGUUAUGUUUUACUCAUCACGUUUCACAAUGUUUGGUGGUUAGAAUGAGCCAAGGAACACAGUCAUUCGUCUUUGGUGUGGAUCUGAGAAUGAUUUUAGCAGACAUAUUGUGAGGUGGACAUUUUUGAACAUUUUCAAUAUUUUCUCAUACAUGUCUGCCCUUGAAUUAAAACAAAUCUGGCACAUGUAUCCCAUGAUUUUCACUUUGUGUAUUUUGAUGCAGAGCUGAUCAGUAUGCACAAUAUUGAAUAAACAAAAUAUUUGAGAUUUAAGAGAUUAAAUGUGGAAUUUCAAAAUUCUGUGUUAAGAUGUUGAUUUUUCUGUUAUUCUUUUGAUGUUUUAAAGUGAUUGCUCCAAGCAUGCAUCACUUGUUUUGUUCGUAGCAAAGUAUUUGCAGUAUUUUAUCAGUAAAGUACGUUUCCUCAGCCUGUUCAGCUUGAUAUUGUGGGAUACAUUCUGAAAAGUGUUAAGCUACUAAAAAGGGAUCAACAAUAUUUACUGUACAUUUGAUUUGGUGUUGGACAGCAAAACAUUCGGGACUACUGAAGCUGAUGUGUCACUACAGAUAGCGUUUAUGUCCAGGUUUAGGAGGUUAUAAAACGCUCUGAGGUCCUGUAGGCCUCUCACUCAUCACUACCUGUACCACUUCCAAGGAUUGUUUAGAUGAUCACAGUAUAUCCCACAAGCAUUGUAAUGUAACUACCUCCUCUAAUGUACUCGUCUCAUGUCCUGUUGAAAUUGGACUGAUUUUAAUAUCAAAUAAAAUUAAUAAAAAGGUGACAAAAAAA